CGUAGGUACAAUGGUAGGUUGGUAUAUAAAAGAUCUGAAGAAAAAAUGGUGGAGCAUAUUAUGUGGUGCGAAUUUGACAUGAUGGGUGAAAACGACGAUGACAACAGUGAAUUGAGUGAACACAGAUUUUUAACCAAAGGCGCCUUCCUGCUCACCCCCUCGCACGACCUAAGUCUAGACAAGGCUGCCAACAUUUGCGACAAACUCAACUUCCGCGGAAGUUUCAGUUUGACUAAAACGGCCACGGGCAUAUUGUUUAAAUUUUCAGAGCCCGAGGACUUCCAGCAAGUUUUCAGGAAGGGAUUUCAUAAGGUAACUGGUGGACGAUUAUACAGAAAAGUGGCGAUCCCUUGCAGACCUCAAAAAACUUUCUCGUUGUUGGUAUAUGAGGUACCAUCCGAUCUUCCAGAAGAUGAUAUAAGGGCUAGUCUUUACAGAUAUUGCUCUGUGGUCGAAGUUACUAGGCUUCCAGUUCGUCUAGACCAAUCUCCAGGAGCACCUCCACCAAUUCGCAUAACUGUAGCCUCCUUGGACGAAUACAACGCUCUGCUCCAACAAGGUCUAGACUUCUACGGUGCCACGUACUUUCCCACCGAGCCGCUGAAGAAGGACCAAUUAAAUCAACUUAGAGGCAGCAAGGAGAAGCUUUUGCCAGUGUUCGACUCCGCCGGAUUCUCCAGGAUCCCACCACCACCGACGAGGACUCUGAAGCCGAUACGGUCAUGAAAAUUACAGAAAUCCUGGCUGGUUGAACUCGUAUAUACCGCUUUUUACUUAAAAUAAAGAAAAUUAGCGAAACGUGGCAACACCAUAACGUCUCUUUAACUUUUUGUUCUAGGAACGGUUUAUUCAUUAAAAGUUUGUAUGUAAUGUAACACUGUAAAGUUACUUUAAAUUAAAUUCGGAAAAGAUCCAUUAAAGUCAGCGUGGUUUACUUAUACGAAUAUUAUGUUACGACGUUGCCAUUGUUCCUAAUUUUUUUAAUUUUAUGGAAAUUAUAAGUUUUGCAUAUUAAAUAAAGUUUUGGCAAUAGUUUAGGCUUAUAUACGAGUUAUUUUAUAGAAUCUAAAGUUUAUAAUUGAAUAAACUUUAGAUAUCGACCGUUUUGGAAUUUGAAAACGAUAAGAUUGUAUUCGAAUAAUUUAAUUAUAUCGUUAAUUUUAGUGAUUGAUUGGCUGAUUGUGUACAAAAAACAUGCGACUUAUAUUAAUUUUUCUUUAUUUAUAUUUAUCGUGUUAUUGCACUUUUGUUAACUUUUUGCAAUAAAAC